AUGGUUGCCAUUGAAUCCCGCGGGCGGCGGAAGACAUACUUCUUUCCUGUAGCGCCCAACCGGACCGCCACUGGGACCAAUGUUCCCAAGAGCCAGCCAUCCACUGGAGGGAAAGGUGAAGACGAGACCAAUGUUUCCAAAAGCCGGCCGUUCCCUGGAGGGAAGGGUGGAGACGGGACGGCGGCUGAGCCAGCUCGGCACAAGCCUGAUCUCGUUAUGAAACCAGAUAAACGGACGCAAUUUUUCAAUCUCCCCGUCUUUUAUGAGGACCCAUGGACAGACUACGAAAAGGGCAUCGAGAUUUUCCCCAAAAGACAUACGUCUCUUUGUCGGCACCGUCGGAACAGAGAGGACCUGGUCCACAUUCAGCAACUGAAGGCAUGUACGGCGACAGAGUCCCUCAUUAACGCCGUCGGUCGUUAUUCACAUCCGAGCUUCCUUCGCCUUCUAUGCUGUUACCACUAUGACCAAUCGACAUUUUUGGUGUGGGAGCCCGUGGAGUUGUCGUUGGCACAAGUCAUUGGAUCCAAGUACUCGAUUCGGGAAGCCGAACUGACCUCGAUAGUAUGGCCGAUCAUCCAGGGUAUUCGGUACCUCCGAGACUCAAGCCGAGCCCUAGGCUCUCUCACAUACGAUACUAUUUUUCUGACCAGUUCUGGGGGUGUGAAGAUUGCGGAUGUUGAUCGCAGUUGCGUAAUUGAUACGGAGGACAUGAAUGCUGCGACGCUGAAGCUCUUUGCACUAUCCGAUAUGAUAACCGGACUUCGGAAGCAAAUGAGUCCGAUGGACCCUUGGAGCCCCCGGGCGCAGAAUCUGCCGGCACGGCUGAUGAGCACGCCUUUGGACGAUCUAUUCGGGGACGACGAUCUUGUAGCCGAAUCGAAAGGUGGGGAGCUGAAGAUGUUAGUCAACAUUCUCAGUAAAAUCAGCCACUAUGAUGUCAAAUUUCCUUAG